AUGCUCUGCUUUAAGAAUUGGAGACAAGCCUGCGCCCUGAUGCCCUCCUUCUUGGACAUGCUGAACUCCAUUGGCAUGAAGGUCAACUUUAGCAAGAGCUGUGUCAUUGUCGAUGCAGUGCUGCUACGUGCUGCCGCCACAGAAUGCACAAGCCCACUUCUCCGCGAGUUUCAAUGGAGCGAGACAACGUCCUACCUCAACCGCCCUUUUGGCUACCAGGUGUCAGUGGAAACGCUAUGCCAACAAGUAGCUCAGAAAGUCCAUGCUGCAUGGGGUAGCCUCAGAGGCAUUUUGGGGAGACGCUGGUGGACAAACCCGUCCCAAACAGAUACUCUUCUGACAAAACAUGUUGGUUCUGUAUUUCUGUGGCUAUCUCCCGUCCUUUACCCAUACAGUGCAGUACUCAACAGCAUUCAAACACUCCAAACCACGGUCUUUGCAGAUGCGCUGGGGCUCUUCAUUCCUGAUCUCAGCUAUGAUACAGCGGUGCAACUUGUUCGCCUCAGGCGCCAUGUGGUCAAAAGAUGGUUGCUUCAUGUCGCUCCCGCAGGCAAUUGGUGUGCCAAGCUCCUUAGGCGCUUGUGGACCUUUACGGGGCAUAUCUGUCGUCAAACAUCUCAUCCGUCGCAGCCGGCGCGAGUGAUGAUGGGCCUUUUCGCCUCAACUCAUGCGCAUGGGUUAGCCAGACCUGGCCCAUGGAAGACACUGCAUGCAUUGUUCCACAAGUUCUGGACAUCACAUGAGCUGGAAGGUGACUUUCUCAACACUGCUUUGGAUCGUGAAUCUUGGAAAACCCUUGAGCCAGCCUUCGUUCAAUGGUUUCAACCCUCCACUCGCUGCAACGUGGAGUUUUUGCAAUGCAGUCCGUGGGAAUCGCCGGACAUGCUUCUACGAGCACACGUCCCAUGGGUACACACAAUUGUUGUUCAACUGACCAACGUUGCAGACAACAGAUGGCGGCUUGCAGUCACCUGGCUCGACGAAACGGAUGGGAUGUGCUCCUGGAGCCACUUUUCUGAUCAGAACUCCAAACUCACCACCUUCACUUCGGGAAUGGCAUGCUGCCUUCGAUAUUUGGCAAUGAUAUACCAACCCUUUGUCAUACAGAUCGCUUUCGCAACCGCAUCUGACUGGGCACUCGUCUUUGCCAACAGUGAAGCCGUCAAUAGUGUCUUUAAGCAUUGCCCUUGUGGUUCGUGGGUGAAGGUCUUGGUGUCGAGCACCUGGCAACGGGACAGCGGUCAGGUGGCCAUUUUGAGCGGAGGGGGCUCGGGCCAUGAGCCCGCGGAUGCCGGGAUGAUUGGUGACGGGAUGCUGACUGCGGUGGUCUGCGGCGAGAUUUUCGCCUCCCCUUCGGCCUUUGCCGUGAGUCGAGCCUUGGAGGCGAUCACCGGCAACGCCGGGGCUUUGGUGGUGGUCCGCAGCAAUGCGGGUACCCGAUUGAAUUUCAAGUCCGCCGUCAAAGAAGUGCAGAGCCGUUCCCAGCUCAAGGUGAAGGUGGUCUGCGUCUCAGAUGAUGUGGCGACCAGCAAGAGGUCUGGCAGCCGGACAGAUUUUGGACAAGCACGAGGUAUUGCAGGCUCACUGCUGGUCUGCAAAAUCGCAGGUGCAGCAGCACGCGCCGGACUGUCCCUCGAAGAGGUGUUCCACGAGGCGGAAGCUGCUGCCAAUACCGUGCGUACCCAGGGAGUGAGCUUCCAUUCCUGCAGUAUUCCAGGGAUGUUGCCAGCGAGGCCUAUUCCUGCAGAUGAGAUGGAGGUAGGUUUGGGUAUUCACGGCGAGCCUGGUUUGCGAGUGAAGGCUACGGCCAGCACUACAGCCAAGGAGAUUGUCGAGACCAUCAUGUCGCAGUUGGCGAAGCACGUCCCACGCAACGUUCCCCUGUGCGUCAUGCUGAACAAUCUAGGUACAGUGCCAGUGUUGGAGAUGCAACUCAUUGCAGGGCAAGUGAUGAACAGCGAGUUGGGGCCAAGAAUCAAAUUGUUGAUUGGACCUGCUCACUUGAUGACUGCAUUGGAUACGAAUGGAAUCUCCAUCAGCGUGUUGCCCUUGGAAGAUCGGAGCAGCCGCGUGGGCACAGCCCGUGCCUUAGAUGCCAAGCGCGACGGCGGUGCCGAAGGCAGCCCAAACACGCGGAACCGCAGCAAAAGCGUGCAUUUUCGAGAGCAGCUGGAGGACACAGACCCAGAUGCUCACGAGGAGAUGACACCUGUCGUCAGUUCGCGUGACACGGAUGAAGUCUAUCACGUGACAGAGGAACAGCUGCUGCCACUGGACCGCAAUGUCAAGAGAGUCAUCACAGACCAAGAGGAAAGAAUCGAGAAAGACCUGAACGGAAAAAAUUGCGACGAAUGGACGGCCAUGCGCAUGAUUAGCUUCACAGAAACCGAGCUGGGCGAUCCCGAAGGUGCUGAUGAGGAGGACAUUGCAUCGGACCCUGAGGACUUUCAUGAGCCCUCCCUCUCCUUGCGGGCGCAGCGCAUCCUGGCCUAUACCAGCGCUACUGGUUGGAAGGACGCAGUGAUCCCGCAGAACCCGCAAAUCGUGAAGCGAUACAACCCCCAAGCCCUGGUGCCGAAGAAGCCUCGGAACCGACACGACGAUCAUCCGCUGGUGCGCGCCAUGAUGACCCGAGCCUGUCAGGCGGUGCUGGACAGCGAGCAGGAGCUGAACGCCAUGGACGCGGCCAACGCAGAUGGGGACCUGGGACGAAACAUGGCGCGUGCGGCGCAGCUAGUCCUUCAGGCCUUGAACGAUGGGCUUUUGCCCAUGUCGCGGCCCGCGCCCUUCUUCUUCCGCCUGGGGGAUUUCCUACGGGGCAUCGAUGGGACGCUCUCAGCCCUCCUCUCGGUCUUCUUCAGCCGCGCCGCACGGCACCUCACACAGAAAGGCGUGGAGCGUCUCCAGAAGAAACUCGAUCUGAAGUGUCAAAAGAAGAGCCGAAAACGUGCUUUCCAUCUCCCUUGGAGAGCAGCAGAUGUUCAUGCGGCCCUUUGCGCAGGAGAGCAAGAAGUCGAAGCCGUGGCGGAAAGUUGCGAAGGGCAAAGAACCUUCCUUGAUGCCUUACUACCGGCCCUGCGGGUGGUUGGGAAAAGCAUCCAGAAAGAGGUUUCAGCGGAUGAAGGCGAAAAUCCCUCGGUUGUGGCGGAUGAUGAAGACGGCUUAGAGCUGAGCCACCUUCUGAUGGCUUGGGGUCGUCAGAGCAGCACUGGAAGCGAAGCGGAAGAAGAUGAGGAUUUUGGCGAGGAGAUCAGCUUGCCCUGGGAUGCCAUUGCCACAGCAGCCCAAGAGGGUGCACGUGCAACUGCCAGCAUGAAGUCGACGCCCUGCUACGGCGGCUUUCUGGGUGAAUGCGACUUGUGCGACGCGGGCGCUAUGGUGGUGGCCAUUGUGUUAACCGCCAUGGCGGGGCCGAGCCAAGGCCUACUGCAGGUCACCAGUGAUGAGAAUGUCAAGGAGGUGGUGGAAAUUGGAGAGACCAUUGGCCGGGGCUCUUUUGGCACCGUGUAUUCGGCCACGCUCCGGUCCCACGAGCGUAAGGCGGCCGUGAAGAUCAGCAAGAGAUCGAAGGAAAGUGGCCCCAGAAGCUUUGGUGAUUUGGAUUGUUUAGAUCGGCGAAUUGUGUGCAACUGGCUGUUCAUGAACAAGCCCAAUGUGACACACGUGUAUCAGGUGUUGGUGAGCCCGACUUUUUUGUACGUCAUCAUGGAGCACUUGGAUGGCCCCGAUCUCUCGGAUUGGAUGCUGUCAGAGGAGGGCCAAGGGAGGAGCGAAUUGUCAGCUAUGAGGAUCCUUCACGAAAUUCUGCUUGCAGCACGUGAAGUGCACCGACAUGGCUUUGUACACAGAGAUUUGAAAUUCGACAAUUUUCGCUUCGCCCAUGGACCCAAGAGUGAAUUGAAGCUGGUGGACGUGGUGGGGACGAUGUGCUUCAGACCGGAUCGCCUCAUUUCGAAGAGUUGGUGCGGCACGGGACCAUUUUUAAGUCCAGAGGCUCUACUUGGAGAUGUGAGUGCGAGCGUGGAUAUGUGGGCGAUUGGCGUCAUGGCCUUCACCAUGCUCAGUGGCGAUAUGCCCUUCCAGGCCUCCUCUCUUUCCGAGCUCCGCGAGGCCCAUGCGAAACCCUUGGCCACGGAAAGCAUUUUCAGCCACGUGACGCCCCAAGUGAAAUCGCUAGUGCUGGGCUUGUUGGAUGCAGAUCAGGAGAAGCGUCUUACCGUGGACCAGGCUUUGGAGCUGUUGGAACACGACCGCUGCCUGACGGAUGGCAGUUCAGGCAAGUUGCCCUUGAAGGUUCAGCGGGUCAAGAGCCAGUCCUGGAGUUUUUGUCCUGACCUGAAACCACCGGAGGUGAAGACAUUGUACCUUAUCCGUCAUGGUGAAGCAGUGCACAACAUUAAAGAACGACAAGCCAUGCAGAGCGCCAAAACUCAGGCCAUGAUGGAAGGCUUGACGCCCAGCUCCAAGGAUUUCCAGCAACGGGUCGAAGCUGCCAGGCGCAACGUGCUGCUGGACGAAUCACUGCUGGACGCCGCGCUGUCGCCCUCGGGGAAGAUGCAGGCACUGGACGCCCUGGCGGAGAUCAAGAGACUCACCAUGCAAGGUUACCCGCAACCCACGGCCAUUUACGUGUCGCCCUUGCAACGGACCUUGCAAACGGCGGCCAUCCUCUUCCCGGAACAUCCUGGGAUUCAUGUCCGUGAGGAACUGCGUGAGCGUCGGACAGGUUUGCCCUGUGACCAGCGUCAACGGGCGGAUUUAGUGGCAAUGCGACAGACCUUCAACUUCAUGUCCUUUGAUGAGUUGAAGAGCCAUGACCGACAUCGCCGUGUGAGCAGCGAAGCUGAGACGGAGGAUAAGGUUGAGCUACGUGGGCGCACUGCCCUGCUCGAAUCCUUGAUGAGGGAUCAGGCUGAUAGCAGCCUGGCAGUCGUGACGCACAAAGGUUAUUUGCGGGAAUUGGAGCAUGGACCACUGCAGAACCUCGAUGCCAAGGAGUUCGGCAACUGUGAGGUGCGAGUCUACCAGGUGACGCUGCCCGCCGAAGGCGGGAUCAUGGCGAAAAAGUUGUAUGGUCGCCCCUCGUGA